AAAUGAAAUGUCAAAAAAAGAAAUACCGGAGGCGCGGGGAUAGAAGGAGCACCAUGUCCGCGGAAGUCCCCGAGGCAGCGUCGGCGGAGGAGCAAAAGGAAAUGGAAGAUAAAGUGACGAGUCCAGAGAAAGCUGAAGAAGCAAAGCUAAAAGCAAGGUAUCCACACUUGGGACAAAAGCCUGGCGGUUCCGAUUUUUUAAGGAAACGAUUGCAGAAAGGGCAAAAGUAUUUUGAUUCUGGGGAUUACAACAUGGCAAAAGCAAAGAUGAAGAACAAGCAGCUUCCUGCUGCAGCCCCUGAUAAGACAGAGGUCACUGGUGACUACAUUCCCACUCCACAGGACCUUCCUCAGCGGAAACCAUCCCUGGUUGCUAGCAAGCUGGCUGGCUGAUUAAAAGAGCUGAACUGCAA